CUCACAACUUUUAAACCUUCUUCUUCUUUCUAUCUCUAAAACCACCGUAUUUUCUCUCUCUAAAACCGCCGCCUCCGCCUCCGCCUCCGCCGCAUUUUCUCUCUCUAAAACAAUCUCAACAAAUGGCGUAUAACACUAAGACUCAAGUUUUCUUCUUAUUGUCCCUCUUGGUUGCCACUUGUAUGGCCCAAGCACCAUCACCCACCCCCGUCGCCGCCCCCGUUGCACCACCAACCGCCACCACCCCUGCACCCGCUCCUACCACCACCACUCCCGCUCCCGUCGCACCACCAACUGCCACCCCAACUCAAGCCCCAGUUGCCACCCCAACCGCCACCCCAACUGCCGCCCCAACCCCUUCACCAACCACCGCCACUGGCCCCGCCGCUUUCGUCCCAGCUCCUACUCCCGCCGCUGACGGCCCAAGUGCUGGUGGUCCCUCCGCUGACGGACCAGGUGCUGGUGGUCCCUCAGCUGAUACCCCAGCUAGUGACACCCCUAACUCCGCCGGAAGGUCCGCCGUUGCAGGCGCCAUGAUCUUUGGUGGGUUCGUUGCUGCUUUGAUGGUGUAAAAAUAAUCGAGUUUUCUUGGUUUUUUAGAUCAUUUUUUCUUUAAAUUAAAUUAAUUAAUUUGUCUUUCUUGUUUGUAUUUAUUUUGAAUUUGAUUACAUUUAUUUCAUGGAUUCUAGUUGGGCUGUCGAGUAGAAAUUCUUUUGUAACGAAUCCCAUGUACAUUGGAUUAUUAUAUUAAUAAAAAAAACUUUUUUGUUAUUCAA